AUUGGCAUCAGUCACCUUUGGUAACUACAAUCAGUCAAACCAAACCAACCCAUCAGCCUCCAGCUCCAACUCCAAAAUCAUCAAGAUGAAAUCCUUCGUGUGCAUCGCCCUCAUCGCCUUCGCCGCCGCCGCUCUGGCUUCCCCCACCAACGUGGCCACUUCCAGCGCCACCGCCGGAGCCACCGGUGUGAACACCCAGAACUCCGAGCUGGAGGGCCAGGGAUUCGGUGAUCUGACCCGUCUCCGCAAGUCGGCCUAUGGCGGCAGCUCCGGCGGCUAUGGCGGCUCCAGCGUGCCAGCUCCUCCCUGCCCCAAGAACUACCUGUUCAGCUGCCAGCCCAACCUUGCCCCAGUGCCGUGCAGCGCUCCCGCUCCCAGCUACGGAUCCGCCGGUGCCUACUCCUCCCCGGUGGCCUCUUACAUCGCCCCCACCUACGGUGUUCCCCAGCAACAGCUCUACAGCGCCGCCUACGUGCCCCAGACCUUCCAGAACUACUACUAAGCAUCGGCAUCCAAUAGAUAUCGCCCGAUCCCCGCCCACGGACCAUGAACUCCACUGCUGAGAUAUAAAAAACAUUAUGGAUAAAAAAUUUUACAAAAAAUAUUUAUUGCAAAUUAAAAAAACUAAAAAAAAAAUAUAAACAUUUAUUGUUAUUUAAUCAGACUUUAGAAAGUUAACUUUUCUCAGGACAUACAACCAAAUGACAAACAUUUUGGCAAUUAAUAAUAAUAUAAUAAUAUAUUAUACCAAUUAGUUGCCAUUUCUUAUGAUACCAAAAAUUCUAGAAUUAUGUUGCUGAGAACGAUUUAAAACUGAAUAGAAAAGUAAUAUGAAUGAUUUUAAUCUUUAAUUUUGAA